GGCCGCCUCCUGACGUUGAAAACCUGCUGGGCGAGGGAGGUGCUGCUGCUGCUGCUUCUCUGGCGCCCCCCCCCCCCCUUUCCCGGGAGCCCGGCGGCUGCAGGAAGAAGCAGGAGCCCUUUGCAAACGCGGCGGGUCCAGGAAGCGGCAGGAGCCCUUUGCAAACGCGUGCAAUGCCCUAAGCGGCUCGGGGGGGGGGGGGGGCGUCCUCGCACCUGGAAGGGGGACAAGCAGGGAUGGUGAAAAGCUGAAGCACCAAACGGCAACAUGAGUGUGACGUCGUGGUUCUUGGUGAGCAGCACCGGCAUCCGGCACCGGCUGCCCCGGGAGAUGAUCUUUGUCGGCAGGGAAGAUUGCGAGCUGAUGCUCCAGUCUCGAAGUGUGGAUAAGCAGCAUGCGGUCAUCAAUUACGACAAGGAGAAAGAUGAGCAUUGGGUCAAAGAUCUGGGAAGCUUAAAUGGGACUUUUGUGAACGAUGUACGGAUCCCUGACCAGAAAUACAUCACACUGAAGCUGAACGACGUGAUCCGCUUCGGCUACGAUGCUAACAUGUAUGUAUUGGAACAAAUCCAGCACAACGUCCCAGAAGAAGCGUUAAAGCAUGAAAAAUACACCAGCCAACUUCAGAUGAGUUUUAAAGGAAUGGCCAUGAAACGGGCGGAGCAGCUCUUGGAACGCGGCAGAGAGGCCGAAUCGCCACAAGCCAAGCCGGAGAAAGGCGACAAGAAAGCAAUUACAGAGACGACAACAGGAUCAAUCAUGACCGCGACCCCCCUCACGCGGCCAGCCAUGUCGUUGGUGGGUGCAGAAAGAACUAAAGAAAUCGGCCCACAUGAAGAAGAAAUCAACGGUAACAUCACUGGUUACAGAGAUUCUCAAGGUGACUCCAUCUAUGCCUUCCGAAGAGAACCUAGUUAUUUUGAAAUCCCAACGAAAGAAUUCCAGCAGCCAAUGAAACCUCCAGAGGCCCAAGUCCACGAGAUUCCCACCAAGGACGUCGACACGGCAGUGCCGCCCGUGGUGCAAAGCCACGCCUCUUUCACCAUUGAAUUUGACGACUGCACUCCCGGCAAAAUCAAGAUCAAGGACCACAUCACCAAAUUUUCGCUCAGACAGAAAAGGAACCUUGCCAAGGAAGCUGCGCACGCCGAGAUGAUUUCGGCAGAGAACAAAGUGGCCGACUGGCUGGUGCAGAAUGACCCCUGCCUCAUAAGAAGGCAGGCGGCGGGGGAUGAUGUGUACAGCACCAAGAGCGACCUCCCAGUGCACGUGAGCACUCUGAAAGGUAACAGACACGAGGACGGAACACAGAGUGAUUCGGAAGACCCAGUCGCCCCCAAACCGGAGAAAGAGUCGGUUGUCCAAGAAAAUAUGACCGAGCAAGCCAAACUCCAGCGGCAAAUCCGGCGUGACCCUCAGGAAAUGCUCCACAACCAGCAGGCCUUUGUCAUUGAGUUCUUUGACGACGACACUCCUCGGAAAAAGAGGUCUCAGUCGUUCACCGCUAGUGGCCACUCCACCCAAAAUGAGGUGGAUCCCGCCCUGAAGGCCAAGGUUGAGAAACGCAAAAUCACUGCACCCGCUGAGAAACCCGGGAGUUCUGCGCCAUCAUCACUCCUGGCCCCUGUUGGAGCUAAAGGGCCGAGCAACUCUUUCAACACGCCAAGAGCCGGCUCCUUUAAGAGGGAGAAGACGGAAGAACGGAUCAGCUCUUCCUCAUCCUCCACCUCAAGGUCGUUGGUCAAAACUCACGGCAGCGCUGGGCGGAAGUCGAAAAUCACUCAGGAUUUUGCGGCCGAAUAUCUCAAAGAGAGCUCUCAGGCUGUGAAAGCUGUGGAGAAGCCGUCUCCCGUGCCCACGUCUCUUACCCCUCGGGUGGUGGUGGCCUCACCCCCAGAAGCAAUCUGUACGCCCGUGGUCGAUCCGAACUUGAUCAAAGCCAGGAAGCACGAAGAAGAGGAUAGCUUGAGCGAGACCGGCACCUACACCAUCGAGACUGAAUCGCAAGAUAAAGAAGUGGAAGAAGCUCGGAAAAUGAUCGAUCAGGUUUUUGGUGUUUUGGAGUCUCCUGAAUUCCCCAAAUCGUCUUCACCAGCCUUCAGGCCAGUUAUUGGUGAAAAAGAAGAACUGGUAUCCCAUCAAGUGACCGGGGAAAAUGGCUCGAACCCACGGGUGACUAUGAUGCAGGUUAUUGCUUCCAAAGUGGCGAGCGGACAUCACACAGAGAUGCAGAUUCCACCAGCGUCUCAAGGUGGUCAGAAAUGGGUGUCAAGAUGGGCGAGCCUGGCAGAUAGCUACACAGACUCAGGAUCCGCUGCAGGACUUGGAGAUGCCCAGCAGCCGGUGCCCGUCUCUCAGGCUGGCACUGAGAGGGAUUCCAGUCCUAAAAUGGGAGAAUCGGAGACCUCUGUGGCUUCACGGACGAGGCGCCUUCUUCCUCAACUCCCACCAGGUGACAACUCUGAAAUUCCAACUCCAUCCAUUUUAAUCUGCCCAGAAUCCUUUUCUGAUGUUCCCUCAAGAAAUGCUACAAAUGACCACAGGGCCGAGAUCUAUGUGGAUCCUUCCAGUCUGCUGCUCCUUCAAGAAGAUCUCGACCCCGACAGCCUUAGUGAUGCCAGCAAAUCUGAUGACGGUUUCGGCCUGGAGAAAGGAAGGAAAUGCCAAGACAAGCCGGAGCAAGUGAGGCCUGACCGCGGAAAAUCUCAGAAUCAUCCGCCUGCUGUGCCCAAGCUUUCGAGUCUGAGAGCUUCGAGUGAUCCGUUGUCCACUUCGUUUUACAUCGGGGAUGACGAGGAGGCGGGACUUCCUUCUAAGCUUCCCCCAAGCACCUUUCGUUCUCGAGCAGACAAAGAAGAGGCUGCUUUCCCAUCUGCCAAGCCAACUGUUAAAGGCAUCAACAACAGCUAUGUUAGCUCAAACGGAAAAAUGGUUGUUUCCAUACACUCGGGUCUCCUUCUUCAAGAACAAGAAGCCACCGCAAAAGAGACCACAUCUUUUGUCCGGCAGGAAAGUUUUACCAAAGAGAAGGCGAGCAGCAACGUUUCUCAAAACAGGCUACCCCAUAUCUCCAGCCACCCUCUGCUUAAAGAUCUGGACGUUGUACGAGCAAACCGCAUGGACUAUAAUCCAGACACUCACCUUCUUCUGAAAGACACUGAAACAGCUCUGGCCGCACUGGAAGCCAAAUUGAUCUGCCAAACCCAACAGCUUGAUGCUCCAGAAGGUGCCCCGGGGCAGUUGGAAGACUCCUUAUCUGGGGACUCUGACGUGGACACGGCAAGCACCGUGAGCUUGGUCAGUGGUAAGAACAUCCCCACCCAUCCACCAAAGUGUAAAGCUGGGACGCCCUCGCAAAAAGAGAAAUCCUCGUCCGUUCCAUCGAUACAAGAGCAGAACGUUCAACCGAGCGCACGCGAAAGGCUUUCGGAGAAACGCAGGACCGUCCCGCCAGAGUCUGGAAACAAAAAUGAAAACGCAAAACGCUUCCAAAUUAAACGUAGCACAGGGACUGGAGGGUCUCAGGAUUAUACCGAUGAUGAACGCAGUAACAACCUCCCGUAUUUGCCAGCAAUCGAAAACGUCUCCUCUGAUCAAGAACUGUCUGUCUCAAGGCCUCUGACCAGAAAGAAGCCUUUCUCGCAGCCCACCAAAGAAGAACAGAGCAAAGUCACUCCAACUGUGCAGAAGAUUCAACAAGUUCUCACAAGGUCAAAUAGUUUAUCUACCCCAAGACCCACCAGAGAAUACCGAAACUUCGGAACGCAAGCGAUUGGGAAGAUACCACCUCCACAAGAAGGGACAGCAGCAUCAUCCAAACCACCAGUUGAGCCCAAGAAGCUCUCGAGGCUUGACAUUCUCGCGAUGCCGAGGAAACGGGCAGGAUCUUUCAACGUCCCAAGUGAUUCGGAGAGCGCUGCACCGAGACCGACCUUCUCUGGCCGCAGUGCGGAGUCAUAUUAUGCCACCCGAAAGCCGCCUGUCUCGGAAGCCAGAAAUGCUGCUAGGAAGACGGCGGCGGCGCUAGCUGCGUCAAAGCAGCCUUUUACCCGAACGCGCCCCAGCAGUAUCAAAUACUCCUCGUCUUCCACUUCGAGGCGGCGGCAGCAGGGCUCAGAUUAUACCUCUACUUCCGAGGAGGAGUAUGGCUCAAACCACAGCUCUCCUAAACACAAACGCUCCCAUACUUCAACAGCCACCCAGACGCCCAGGCCGCGAGGUGCCGGGCUGACCAAACAGAAGCGCAGCAGCAGCCGAGAAACCGAAGAGGAAGAUUACGAUGAACGGGACCCCUACAACUUCAUCGCUCAGACGGCGGAGAUUGCGGAAAUAGCCAGAUUAAGCCAGACUUUGGUGAAGGACGUCGCAAUCCUCGCUCGAGAGAUUCAUGACGUUGCUGGAGACGGAGAUUCCCAGAGCUCCUCAGGGCCCAGCACGUCCCUCAGUUCUGUACCAAACUUGCGAGAAAACACCAUAAAGGCAAGAGAGCCACUGGUGCAGCACAUACCGGAAGCAAGUCUGAACUACCAGAAGGUGCCUCCUGGGUCAACGGGAUUCAAUGAUUUCGACCAAAAUAUGAACGAUAGCCGGGAAGAGGAUCUCACCAGAAGGACAAGGAUGAGGAACAGAGAUGAGGUAAUCUUCGAUAACCUGAUGCUCAACCCCGUAUCCCAGUUGUCACACACCAUCCGUGAAAACACAGAAAACCUGGCUGAGAAAAUGAAACUCCUGUUUCAGAAUACCGAGCGGACGUGGGAGGAGAUGGAGGCCAAAAUUAACUCUGAAAAUGAAGUGCCAAUCCUGAAGACCUCAAACAAGGAAAUCAGCUCAAUUCUGAAGGAACUAAGAAGAGUCCAGAAACAACUUGAAGUUAUAAACGCCAUCAUUGAUCCCAGCGGGAACUUGGAUAUGAUCGCCAAUAACAAAACCUCUUCUGCGGCGGCUAAAAUCAGGACUGCUAACAGCCUUUCCGGGAGCCCGCUGGAAGCGCUUUCCCCCAUCAAGAAGCGGAAUUACGCGCAGAAAUCAAACUUUGGCCCUUCUAGUCUGCAGGAUGCCAACUUUGUUCCGGAUGGGGAGAAAUAUGUGAUCUAAUGGAAUAUUUACUUCUGUCGGCAAUAUAACUUGUAUGUGACUUUAACCCAUUAGGCGUUGAAGCAUUUGUGUAUGUUAUGAGUGGUUGUGGAUAAGUCUGUAUGGAGAAGUUCUUUCGAUUGCUAACCCAUUGCACAAAAGAAAAGGAAGUAAGGUACAAUCUACGCUAUGAGGGGGUGUGUGGCAGGCCUAUGUAUAUGCCUUUUAAAAAGACUAGCACUGUGGAAGAGCACAUAUUCAGCACAUGGGCAGAUUCCGAUUUUUACUAGAAUGGUACCAAUGCGUAAUUCCUCCAACGUGCCAUAGCAAACCAGGCUUUGCGUGUUCAGUUCCGUACUGCCCGAGGCUUUGUGCCACCAAUUAUGUAACCUGUUGGUAAGCUUAUCAUAUUUUGGUUGGUAUAAGGGGCUCUGUUUUGACAGUUUUGCUUUGGGGAAGGGACGCGGGUGGCUGAGAAGUUGCUUUAUAAUUUUAACUUUCGACACAACGGCUUGUAUCUUACCACUUUGCUCAGCAAAGUGGGAAGGCUUUCUCCAGCAGAAGGAGACCACCCUAUGACGGAAGGUCUCCUUUUAUCAGCGGAAGUCUUCUGUGCUUGGGGGAAAGGGGUCGGACUUUGCUGAGGAGCCCGGCAGCCAGAGUGAGUACUCAUCGUUCCGCCCCAUUCAGCUUGCCUACCUUGUCAGUUGGUUGUUGCCACGCGGAAGAUUUCUUUUGGGAACCCAGGAACGGUUUUGUGCAAGCCCCCUUCAGGAAGAGAGGAGGCAAAGGUGCCAUUAGGGGGUCUGCAACCUACGACUCUCCAGAUGUUCAUGAACUACAAUUCCCAUCAGCCCCUGUCAGCAUGGCCUGAUGGGAAUUGUAGUUCAUGGACAUCUGGAGAGCCGCAGGUUGCAGACCCCGGAAGCAUUCCAGUUUUAAUCCUGCCUUUUUCACUCUGCCACCAGGAACGGGAAGUUUUAAAAAAUGCAGAUGAUGGGAAACAAGUCAUUAAUUCCUCUGCUCCUGUGACUGUAAUUCACUCUAGAGAUUCAAGAUGUAUAGAUCUAGAGCACAGGUGUCAAACUCGCGGCCCUCCAGAUGUUAUGGACUACAGUUCCCAUCAUAACCUGCCAGCAUGAUGCUGGCAGGGGAUGAUGGGAACUGUAGUCCAUAACAUCUGGAGGGCCGCAAGUUUGACACCUAUGAUCUAGAGGAGACAAUUCAAGGGCCGGGCCAGGAUUUCUCACAGCAAAGUUGCCAAAUUUUUUAUCCUGUCAUAGUAGCUGCUGUCUUAACAAAGCUUUAUGAGGCCAAAAGGUGGUCUCUCUCCCCCCCGUAAUUCCAUACGUGCUGCGGAUGGCUCCGUCAUGCAUGAAUAUGGGGACGUUGAGGAUGUAAACGCCUCCCAUCGCCGAUUCAUGCUUUGAAUUCUAUCAGUAUCCAUCAGCAGUUUCCCAUACUCUGAAGUUUGUAGAUGCUUUUUGCACACGAGGAAUCCUGCUGACAUUAUUCCAGGUGCAGAUAAGCCCUGUCAAACUGACAUACGGAUGACACAAUCCGAGAAUUUUCUCCUGCUGCCCAAUCCUCUUGGGUGCCCCAAGCAAACUACGACCGUCUUCCUCUCUCGGGACGACUGGCCCCUUUUCUGAUCUCGGGUCUCCAACAAAUGUCUUGUUUUGCCUCUUCCUGAAGCCAGCCAUAGGACUGGAAUAUUCCUGACUACGGUCACGGCAGUUUCUGUGAUAACUUUCAUGACUUCUGAUCCCCAGCUUAGAAUAAAGCUAUCUCCAUGGUGACCCAGCUAUCCCUUUAUGUUGCUCACGUAAAUGCAGAUGCUAGGAUUCUAUCUGCCAAUCUUGCAGCUGAUAUUUUCAUUUGAAAGGUUCAUAAGUUCGCCACCACGGGCCUAGAGCAGUCACCGUGUUGAUCUUAUUGAACUUAUGAGGUCCAACGCUUGGUCAGUUGCAGGGGAAUGGGACCUGGAGCUAUCGGAACCCUUGUGAGAUAUCAAGAUGCCCAGGCCAAACGGGUGGUGAUGUAUUUAUGCUCAUUCCGUUGCUCUCAAAGCUGUAGUUUAAGCCUCCUGCGAGUGCCAUCUUGCGGCUGUUGAAUCCAGGUACACACAUUCCGUUGGGCUUCUGAGAAAUUAAUAUAUAUCAGGUGGUUGGAUUUAAAACGCAGUAUUAUUAGUAUGAUUAUGUUUCAAGCACUGUAAUUCUGGGUAAUAACCAAAUAUAUGCUGUGAAAAGCACCAGCAUUUAAAAAUGGUUUUCCACUCCGGCUUGAGCAAAUUAUGAAAGCAAUUAAGCUGAGGCCCGAGAUGAGUCGCUUUUAAGCAUUCACAGCAUUUGCUUUGGUCUACCGGGUAGCCUGCAAAGGAAAGCCACUCAGCUUCUUGGUAAAAUUCUCAUUUUCCUAAAUAGUUACUGUAAAGAAGAAAAAUCUGUUACUUUAUUGCUGAAGGAGGCUGGAUUGGGUGGUCAUUGGCAGCCUUUAUGCUGGCAAUAUAAUUGUGUCAACUAAAACCGAAACUACACAUAAAACAGAACCGGCUUCACGCUCUCCUUUUUUAUUUCUGGGGAUUCCCAGGGCUUGAGUGUACAACCCUGAUUUGAUGUCUGAGUAUUACCACUGGUUUCUUGUCUGAUGAUGUAAAAUAGAAGGGAUAUGAGGAGAGGGUUGCAUUGUAAUAGAAGGAACAAGAAAAAAAAGAGGUUACGGGGCAGAGGGUCAGAAUAGAAAAAAUACUAGUCUGUGUUAGAUUUAAAAAAAAAUAACAGGCCUCAAAUUAGAAGGUAGAAGUAAAAUUGCCCUGGCAAAAUAACAAAGCACGUCGUCAUCCCAUGUCAUCACUGCCGAUAAAAAAUGGAUGUUAUCUGUUUGUUGUUUUUCCUUUCAACAUUUGCUUUUCUUAGGUACCGGCCAGUGGUGGGAUCCAAAAAUUUUAGUAACAGGUUCCCUUGGUGGUGGGAUUCAAACAGUGGCGUA